GGCCGCUGGGCUCCCUUCCUCUCGGACGGCGUGCGCGGGUACUGCUCGGCGGAGCUCAACGCGACCUCCGUCUUCGAGGCGGCGGCGGGCGCGAAGCGAGGCGGCGGGCGGCGGCGGCGGAAGUGGAUGCUCACGUCGGCCGACGCGGCGGGCGGGCCCGCCCUGCGCUGCGACGAGGGCGCUCACGGCCCCGCGUGCCCCGAGGGCCGGCGCGGCCCGUUUUGCGAGGUGCCAAAGCCUGCCUUCUGCCUGCGCGACUGCCGCGGCCGAGGGCGCUGCGACGCUGGCUUCUGCUGGUGUGAGCCAGGGUGGUUUGGUAUCGACUGCUCCCUCUCGCUGCAGCCGCCGUCGCUGCACGAGCAGCCGCACGAGCAGCAGCAGCCGCCGCCGCCGCCGCCGCCGCCGCCGCCGCCGCUUCCGCUUCGCUCCGAGGCUGCGUCGUCGGCGAGGCCGCUGCCUCGUCUGGCGCCGCUGCGGCAGGAAGAGCAGGGCAUGCCGUCUGCGGCGGCGGGGUCGCCGCUGCGGGUCUACGUGUACGAGAUGCCGUCCGAGUUCACGACGGCGCUGCUGCAGUACCGGGGGGUUCACUCCGCGCCGCACCGCGAGACCAACGUCUACGGCGCCUCGCAGCUGGUGCAGGGCUCCCUCUAUGCGAUGGAGACUGCGCUGCACGAGUGGCUGCUCGACUCGCGGCUCCGCACGGCCGACACAGCGCAGGCGCACCUCUUCUUCGUCCCUGUGUAUGUCUCCUCCCUCUACCUCUGGCCAAUACACGGAGCAUCGACGGCGCCGCUCUACGGAGGGCGCCGCCACCGCGGAGCCACCCGCGUCCAGCAGGCGACGCUGAUGCUGCGCGCCGCCGCGGAGUACGUGCGGAGCGCGCUGCCGUUUUGGAACGCGAGCGGCGGCGCGGACCACGUCUGGAUGCUGCUGCAUGACGAGGCUGAGGUGCGGACAUGUCGCGGACAUGUCGUGGACAUGUCCCUGCAGGUCUGGAUGCUGCUGCAUGACGAGGCGCCGUGCUUCGCUCCUCGCGAGCUGCGCCCCUCGCUCCUCCUCACCCACUACGGCUACGACGCGCGGCGGCCUCUCUCGUGGAGCAGCUACGCCGACGACGACUGGCUGCGCUCGCCCGCCUUCUACGAGGAGCACGUCGGCCCGCUCGCCGGCCCGCGGGAGGGAAAACGGGAGGGCCGGCCAGCCGGCGGGCGGCCGAGAGGCGGCGCCGCGUGCUUCGAGCGCGGCAAAGACUUGGUGCUGCCUCCGUGGAAGCCGCCCUCCUUCUGGCGCGCGCCGCUCUCCGACCUUGGUCUCGCCGCGCCGGGCCGGCGCCGCGGCACCUACCUCUUCUUUGCGGGCGAGCUGGGCGCCAAGCGGCUGCCCGGGUACUCGCACGACUUGCGCCAGCGGGCGGAGGCGCUGUUCUGCGACCCGCGCGAGCCGCGGCCGCGGCGCGACUGCCUCGAGCACGCGGCCGGCUGCCGGUCCGACCUCGCCCCAAACUGCUCGCUCUGGCGGCCGGGCGUGCGGGUCGUGCCGCACGUGGUGCACGGCUGCGUGCCCGUCAUAGUGCAGGACGAGAGCGCCAUGUUCUUCGAGGGCGCCUUCUCGCUCGCCGGCGCGCCCGAGCUCGAGUACUCCUCCUUCUCCCUCCGGCUGCCAGAGGCGGAGCUGCCCCGCGUGCUGGAGGCGCUCGACGCCGUCGCCGCGCCGCGGCUGCGCGCGAUGCAAGCGGCGGCGCUGCGCGUGCGCGACUACUUUGUGUACAAGGACGUCUACGCGCCGUACCGCUACGAGCGCAAGGCGCUGCUCGCCACCGGCCGGCCGCGCCAAGACGGCUUCCUCCUGCUCGCCCUCGCGCUCGAGGCGCGCGCGCGGCAGCUCGGCAAGCUGCCGCCGCAGACGGAGGAGGGGAGGCGGCGCAACCGCGCGCUGCUCGAGCUUGAUGGCGGCGCUUUAGGCGAGUGGCAGUCGCCGCCGACUCCGCAGCCGCCGCCGCAGCCGCCGCCGCAGCCGCUGAGGCCGCAGCCGCAGCAUCCGCCGCCGCUCGCACCUCUGCCGGCCGCGGCACCAGGCCUGAUGGUCACCGCCGCCAAUGCUGACAAGUCCAUGAGAUGGAUCGUCGCGCCCGCCGCGCUGGCGGUGCUGGAGCAAGUCUUCUCCAUGGAGCGCUUCCCGACGCGCCAGCUCCGCGCCAGCCUCGCCGCCGAUCUCGCCGUCAACCCGCGGCAGGUCCAAGUGUGGUUCCAAAACCGCCGCCAAAAGCUGAAGAAGGAGGAGUCCCGCGCGGCCGUAGCGAUGUCCUUGCCGCCGGCAACCUUGGGUGUUGUGGGGGAGCGGGAGGGCGGGCCGUGGCAGUUUGUGCAGCGCGCCUCGCCCUCGGCCCCGAUGCUUUCGGCCGUGCCCGAUGCCAGCUCCACCACGCUCGCAGCGGGGCCACAGCAGGCGGCGAUUACUGCUCUCAUCGAACGCGCCCGCACCAUCGGCGCACGCCUCACCGCGCCGAGUCUGAACUCCUCCCCGCUGCCGAUGGCGAUGGCGAUGCCCCCGAAGACACUGGCGGUGCCGAUGGCGAUGGCGCCGCAGCCGCGGGCUCGCAACCUCGCUCCAGAGGCGGAUGGGGGGGACACAGGCCUGCUGAUGCUCCUGGCCGCCGCCGGCAUGCACUCCGCGCCGCCAUCACCGCCUCAAGACUGCGGCGGCAGGAGCAGCGUAGUAGUUGAGGCGAUGCCUCUUGCUCUCGCUGCUGUGGCUGAGAAGCCCAUGGCGGCCAUCUCGGGUGGCUUGCUCUUUGGCGCGGUCGGCGCCGCCGGAGUGGCUUUGUCCUCGCUGCAAAGCGAGACAUUGCCGAUCCUUCCCAUCUUCUUUGGCUGUGUGUGCCUUUGCUUGGCCGCCUUCUCCGUGUCCAACGCCUUGCUCGCCGGAGACAAGUUUGUGCGCGCAUGGGCGCUCGUUAUCCCGCUUCACCCACUUCUGCUGUCGGCGCCCUUGUCGCUCGCCCACCCGGACUUGCUCCGAGCUAUCUUGCUCGGCGAUCGCUUGCCCGGGAUUCCCGGGACCGUCUUAGUCGUGGCAAUCGGGGCGGUGACGGCCACCAUGCCGCGACCGUUUCGCUGGAAAUGCGCCGUGAUAGGCGGUUUCCUUCUGACGACGGCCAGCAAUUUCGUUGUGGUCACGUACCUACUCGACGAGCGGCUCUCCUACCUAUGCACCUGGAUUCUCAGCGCCCACCCCCCGGCUGUUGCCAGCUUCGCCGUCGCUCUCCUUGGGCAGUACAUCAUGGUGCGUUCUGCCCCCAAGCCACCCUUCGCGUGA